AUGCCGAUGGUUGCGUCUUCCCUAUUCGAGACGCUGAGCGGACUGUACAGCAUUUGCUUUCAGCAGCAGCACCAGCAGCAUCGUCCAGCAGGGAGCAGCCCUGUCGGUAGCCAAAUUCUGCCAACAAUUGCAACGCCCGCCCAUCUUCAGCUGAAACCGUUGCUUCCGGUCACGACGACGGCCAGCACCACACAGCACCACAGCAAUGGCAUCAGUUACAGCACCUUCACCCAUCCCGGUCUCGCGCAUCUUAGGCCCGUGAACCCACAAGGUGUUCUACAAACACAGCCCGUCUACUACAACACCGUGGCCUCCAACUCCCAACAGCAACAGCAGCAGCAGCAGCAGCAACAGUCUGCCACCUACUUGCGCACUCCGAUUCAACUUCAACAGCAGCAACAGCAGCGAGUACCGGUUUACUCAACCGUGGCGACUCCGUUGCAAAAAUUGAGCCAGUUCAGCCAUCCGGUACCGCAGUAUCCGGCGUACGCUUUCGGGCAACAGUCGACGGGCGCGGCUGGACUCAUUUCCGGUGGGUCACUGUAUCAUCAUCAUCAUCAGCAGCAACAGCAACAGCAACCGUCUGCCGCUUCCAAUGCGCAACGGCUGACGUACACCAAUGUGCCGACCGUCAACAUCGGCGGUUCGGUUGGUGGCGGUGUUGGUGGCCGCGGUUCCAUCUACCUGCUGCAUUAA